AUGCACUUUGGCGAAGUCACGCUGUGGCAACUGCUUGCUGCGAUUGUUUUUUGCUUGUCGCCAGCUGAUGCAAUCAGGGAGAUAGAUGCCACAGCGUACACUAUCAGUACAACCAGCACCGACCCCACUAAGCUGAUCCAAGGGCUAAAACAAGACGACAAUUUUCGUCCAGUGACAGGAUUCAGACGCGUCGAUGGCGUUCGGAAGGUUCGCUUCGAACAGACGUAUAAAGAUAUCCCGGUUUACGGCUCGGUAGUUGUCAUGGAGAAGAAUUGGAACGGGGAAUUUUACGAUGUUUCUGACGGGGAGCUAUUCGAGGAUAUCCUAAUGGACUUGGACGACACUGACCCGAUGAUAACUAUAGAAGAAGCGAUCGAUGUCGCCAUAGCUGCAACCAGUGAUCCAGAUUCUGCGUUCAAAUCUGAAGCCAUUGCCGACCUCCUAGUCUCUGAUGAAGGCGGAUAUGCCCAUCUGAUUUAUCGCGUAAAAUUUCUGGCGAAAAAGGGUAGCGGCUACUCUAGCCCGGUUGUAAUCGUUGACGCUGAUACCGGCGAAGUUUUGAGAAGUUUUGAAUCCCUGAUGACCGAAUCUAUUCAAAUUGGCGGAGUUGGGGGCAAUCUCAAGUUCGGAAAGUAUGUCUUUGGUAACCCUGCGGGGGAUUGUUCCACUGGAGGCGACAGCAGCACCCCACAGCCCACCGCUGGGCCAACUACAGCUUCUCCCGAGCCCUCAUACUACUACUACUACGACGACGACGACUGGUAUUGGACUGACAGUGAAGAGAGCAAUUCAAUUGGCACAGACGACAAGAUGUCAAUCAGACGACGUCGACAAGCUGAGUCUUGCAGUGCUAACCAAUUCCCAAAACUGACCGUCGACAAACUGGCUAACGGCAAGUGCGCGCUAGAGUCAAAAAACACCCAGAUAUAUCACGUCCAGGGAAAGUCUGCUGAGCAAGAUCCCGGACUAGGCGAACUCCUGAAAGAGGUCUAUUCAGUUGACUGUGUCAAUAAUUUCAACAAUGUCAACGAUUUUGCAAACGGUGGUUACAGCCCUGCGAAUGAUGCGUUUUUCUAUAGCGAAAAGACAUUUGAGAUGUUUCAGAAAUUGUUGAAGAAACCAGCCGUGAAAGUGGAACCUCCAGGUCCCCUGAAAAUUGCCGUUCAUUUUGGUACGAACCAUGAGAAUGCCUUCUACUACAAAGAUCGCUGUUUCUUCGGUAAUGGUGCCACCACCUUCUACCCUCUCGUUGAUGUGAAUGUAGUUGCUCACGAGCUCGCCCAUGGUUUUACCGAGGACCACUCUAACCUUGAAUAUACAGGAAUGUCAGGGGGUAUGAACGAAGCAUUUUCGGACAUGGCCGGGGAAGCCUUAGAAUAUUACCUGUUCGGAAAAGUCGACUGGAUCGUUGGAAGGGCUUCCGUGAAAGCAUCAGGUAAAGGACUUCGGUACUUCGACGAUCCUACAAAAGAUGGGCAAUCCAUAGGCCACGCCCGAGAUUUCAGAUCUGAUAUGGAUGUUCAUUUAAGUAGUGGGGUGUACAACAAAGCUUUCUACACUCUAGCCAAUACCAAUGGUUGGAACGUGGAAAAGGCUUUCAGGGUCUUUGGUACUGCCAACGUUGUUUAUUGGGGAGCCAAAGCUACCUUUAACACCGGCGCCUGUGGGGUUCGCAAGGCAGCUGCCGAUCUGAAACUACCCACUCAAGAUGUUAUUAAUGCUUUCAGCAGCGUUGGUGUCACCUGCACCUCAGCUAAGUAA